UUUGAAGCGCCAUUUAUCCUCCAUUUUCUUGUUUAUCAUUCGAUAAAUAACAAGCUUCUUCUUAAAAUCUAUAAAAAUAGUGUCCUUAAUUGUCCCCUCGUACACGAAACUAACCGCUCCACGUAUAGAUCCAUAAGUUUCGCAAAACAAGGACGAAAAUGGACAUCCGGCCAAACAACACGAUUUACAUUAACAAUUUGAAUGAAAAAAUCAAAAAAGUGGAACUUAAAAAGUCGCUGUACGCCAUAUUUUCCCAAUUCGGUCAAAUUAUGGACAUUGUGGCACUGAAAACUUUGAAAAUGCGAGGUCAAGCGUUUGUCAUUUUCAAGGAAAUUCAAAGCUCCACCAACGCCCUUAGAUCCAUGCAAGGAUUCCCAUUUUACGAUAAACCAAUGAGAAUCCAAUACUCAAAGUCUGACUCGGAUGUAAUAUCCAAAAUGAAAGGCACAUUCCAGGAGAGACCCAAACGUGUCAAACCUCCAACAAUUCAAGGAGAAGAGGCUCCAAGAAAGAAGAAGAAGAGCAAGGACCCCAACAGAAUCCCUGGCCCCAACGCUGAACAACCUCCAAACCAAAUUCUUUUCCUUACUAAUUUGCCUGAUGAAACAAGCGAGAUGAUGUUGUCUAUGCUUUUUAAUCAGUUCCCUGGGUUCAAAGAAGUCCGUCUGGUACCAAACAGGCACGAUAUUGCCUUUGUGGAGUUUGAAAACGAGCUUCAAUCAGCUUCAGCUAAGGACGCUUUGCAAGGGUUCAAGAUCACACCGACGCAUGCUAUGAAGAUUUCUUUUGCCAAGAAAUAAGCAACGAAUUUCAGUAGAUUUAAAUACUGAUUGUUAGUUUAUAAGGAAUUAUGACUUAAUAAAUACUUGUUUUUAAGGAAUUUGAUAUUGA